GCUUGGCAUGGGUAGUGCAGUGGAGACUCUCUGCGGACAAGCCUACGGCGCACGGAAGUACGAAAUGCUUGGGACUUAUCUACAACGCUCUGCCGUGCUCCUGUGCUGCACCGGCAUACCGCUUGCGGUGAUCUAUGCUUUCUCCGAACCAAUCCUCCUAUUCCUUGGACAGUCACCAGAGAUCGCCCGUGCCGCGUCGAUUUUCGUGUACGGCCUGAUACCUCAAAUCUUUGCCUACGCUUUCAAUUUCCCAAUCCAGAAGUUCCUGCAGGCUCAGAGCAUUGUCUUGCCAAGUGCUUACAUCUCAACCGCAACGCUAGCGUUGCACCUGCUUCUGAGCUGGGUUGUCAUUUACAAGGCUGGGCUGGGGCUGCUUGGUGCUUCCCUGGUGCUGAGUCUGAGCUGGUGGAUCAUUGUGGCGGCGCAGUUUGCCUACAUUGUCAUGAGCCCAACGUGCCGGCAUACAUGGACCGGAUUCACCUGGCAAGCCUUCUCUGGCUUGACGGAUUUUAUGAAGCUCUCAGCGGCGUCUGCAGUUAUGCUGUGCCUCGAGGCAUGGUACUUUCAGGUCCUCGUGCUCAUAGCCGGCUUGCUCCCCAACCCUGAACUUGCCUUGGAUUCCCUAUCUGUAUGUAUGACUAUUUCUGGUUGGGUUUUCAUGAUCUCAGUAGGUUUCAAUGCCGCUGCAAGUGUAAGAGUGAGCAAUGAGCUUGGUGCCGGCAACCCGAAGUCAGCAUUUUUCUCAGUGUGGGUCGUCACCUUGCUCUGUGGAACGAUCACCGUCAUCCUUGCUAUUGUGAUCCUCUGUCUUCGUAACUACAUCAGCUACUUAUUCACAGAGGGUGAAACAGUUUCCAACGCGGUGGCCGAUCUCUGCCCGCUGCUUGCCACAACGCUCAUUCUCAAUGGCAUCCAACCUGUUCUCUCAGGUGUUGCUGUUGGAUGUGGAUGGCAACAGUUUGUUGCUUACGUGAACAUUGGUUGUUACUACAUAGUAGGCGUUCCCCUUGGUGUUGUUCUAGGUUUUGUCUUCAAGCUCGGCGUAAAGGGCAUUUGGGGUGGCAUGAUUGGAGGUACGGUCAUGCAGACGGCCAUUCUUCUAUGGGUCACCAUCAGAACUGAUUGGAACAAAGAGGUGGAGGAGGCACAAAAAAGAUUGAACAGGUGGGAGGAUAAGAAGGAGCCCCUUCUGGCAGAUGUGAGGAAGGAUGAUAACUAAGCAGAGGCGGAAAUUUUCUAUGACCUGACAAGCAUUUGAAAAAUUUAUAUAUCUAAGUAACUAAGCAGGGGAUCAUCUAGCCAAACAGCAGGGCUAGAGAAUUUAGCCAGACAAGCUAGUUCAUGUGCUACACAAUUUGCUUCUCGAUUUACGUAUUCAUAUUCUGCCUUGACUAGUUCCUUUUCCACGUGAUAGCAGUCAUCAAAGAUCAGCAAGCAAUAAGCCUUACUUUAAGGCGUGACAUUCAUGCGAUAAGACAUCAUGAACUGAGCCAA